CCCCCCAGAAUAGUCUGCAAUGUGCUCCAAUCCAUCUUCUCCUCUGGGCAGUGUGCACUGGAAAAGACAAGAUGAACACAGGACAGAGCAUAAUGUUCUCCUCAUUUGGAGCAAGUUGGGCCCUGUUUCCUGAUGGACUUCCUAAAUAGGCUCGGAAUGAAUGUCUUUCGUCACUGCCCAAGAUGACGAGAUGCCAAGAUGACUGUGGGGCCCCAAGGUCUGGCUGAAAGCGUCCUGUGCCUCUUUGGUCAGAGGAGGCAGGAGAGACAUGGAGAAGAGUCAUGGAAAUGAAAGGUACGUAAGAUUGAAAUAUGCUCAGAAACCUUUAGCCCUACUCAGCUGGAAAAAGAGAAACACAAUUAGAAAAACCAGUGGCUUCGUCCAGGUUCUGCUGUGACCCUUGACUGACUGAUUGAUUUGCUGAGGGAGACUGGCCCUGAGCUAACAUCUGCGCCCAUCUUCCUCUCUUCUGUGUGUGGAUCGCUGCCUCAGCGUGGCGGCCCACCAAUGGUGUAGAUCCGGAACCGGGAACCCAGCUGGCCGCAGAAGCAGAGCCCGCUGAACUCAAACACUAGGCCACUGGGCAGGCCCCUAGUCCUGACCCCUGCAAUACAGACUGUCUGGGAGGUCUCUAGGUGUAGCAAAGGGCGAGCUGCCAGAGGCUCCACACCUCAGUCUAGUCCUGCCCUAACAGCAGGACCAAAACUCCUAUUUUAACCAUCUUAGGAAAUUAGACGCCCCAGUUCUUCCCUGGCACUUACUAAGUGGAGAACAGGACACUCACUGAACUAAACUGUCCAUGGUUUAUAGCAACACAUUUGGCUAAAAAUCGAGGCCUGGGGCUUGUGCCUUGCCCUCUUGCAUAGCACCAAACACAGACCCCACACUCUUCUAUAAACCAGCCCAAUCACCAUCAGUUGAGAAAAAUACAGCUUGAAGUAAACCCUAUGUUAUUAUUUUUUAAAGCUCUUGGUUGGGUUGCAUAUACCUGUUCUAAAGAUCUUUUCAGGAAGAGGAGCAAAUUAAAAUUGGAUCCCAAAAUGGGAUAUGGGUAGUAGGUCAAGAUGGACUAACCAAGCAGGAUGAAAUUGUUCUCAAUGUUCCAUCAGCAGGGAGCUGCCCUCCUGCCCUUCCUGACCUGGCAGGUGGGUCCCAGGCAGGCUCCUACCUGGCCAACGCGCCCUGCAAUUGUUUGGAGUGCUGCCAGAGGCAAGUGGAGGAGCUGGUUCUGUUCCUUAGGGAAGGCACUGGGUGAAUCACCAGGUUCCAGAAAAGCCGAAGCGAAUUCUUUACCCCUGAACUCUUCUCAAUCCUUACUUUUUUGAUGGUUGAUCUCGACUAGCUGUCUCCACAGAGAGCCCCCACCCCUCUCCAGGAGUCUGUAAUUGUGACCGACGGCACACUAGUUUUGGAACAGACUCAAAGGGCAAAUGGGGACAUGACUGUCGCCACACAUCUCAAGACAGAGUCCCAAGGAAAUGAUCGCAGGUGUUCAGCUAUCAGAAGCUGGAGGACGCACGCCGUGUGGGCUGACUUCCCGCCUCCAGGGAGCAACACCGAAGGGCGAGGCAACUGUCCUCAAGAACGCGUCUCUCAGCUGUGCACUGACCCACUUGUAGACAAGUGCCUAACAGCUGGAAAACAGCGCCUGGAAGCAAACGUUCCUGAAUUGUGUAGGCAAAAGAGAAGCAACCCAAGCCUCGACUCGGUGCCCCCGCGCAGGAGCGGGCGUUCCCGCUCACCCGCCCGCCGCGGGCCGGGGCUCGUCCCCGCGAAGGCGGCGCGGGGGGCGAGGGUCAGUUUCCUCCAGGGAAAGCUGCCGGCUCAGCAAACUCAAUCGAGUUUUCCCCCCAAGCUAAGCCUUCGACCAAUCAAAAACUUUCAGAGGCGGCAGAUAAAGUACCCCGGCGGCUGUGCGAGCACUUCCCCGCAGGAAUACCACCGACGACCACACAGUCACGUGGCGGUCGAACUGUCCCGGCUUCCUCCCCGCCCCCGCGCCCGGCGACCAACCCUGGGGGGCGGUGGCCGCGUCCCCUUCCCCAGCCGGAACAGCCCGAUUCCAAGUUCAGAACUCGGCCCAAGAAACCCUCUUUCCAAAAGUCCGCUCUCGCCACCUGCCCUCCACCCCAGGUCCGCUGUCGCGACAGCCCGGGACAGGGCGGGCGCCGGGGCCUCGGUGCGCGCCGGGUCCAGCCUGGGGCCCGGGUUCCCCGGCCGUCCCGGGGCGCCGAGAAUCGGGCGCUGGCCUCUCCGCUCCGACCGGGGCGCCCCGGCGGGCGGCCUCACCUGCGUCGGCGGGAGCGAGCGGCGGGGCUGGGGCCGGGGGCCGGGGGCGCGGGGGGCGCGGGAGUGGCGGGGACACUCCGCCGGGCCGGCUGCUGCUGGCCGGGCCUCUGUGGCGCUCGCUGCGGGCCGGGCGCCGCCGGCUGGCUGGGAGUCGGGACGAGCGCAGCGCGCCGGUCGCGUCCUGGGCACCUGUGCUCGCCGGCCGCGCCUUUUAACCGCACCCCACACCCCGCCCCCUCCCCGCGGCCGUGCAGAUCGCCGCCGGGGGCGGCUCCUCGCCGCCGGGCCGGCCCCGGGGCUGCGGGCGGGGCGCGCCGGGCCUCCCGGUACCCCGAGCGCCCCUCGAGGCCCUGGAGAGCCGGGACCCCCAGUACCCCAGCCCCCGAGCGCGCCUACCGCUCCCGCCCCCCAGCCCCUCGGCGGCCCGGGGUCCGAGCGGGGAGGGCCUGAGCCCGGUGACCUAAGAUCACGCGCAGCCCUAGGCCUCGGCUCCCUGCGUUUUGGGGAGUGA